AUGGCAUCGCUCAAAAAAGGGAAGUUUCUCGUGGAUCUCGUUUCGCACGGCGGAAACCUGCUUCACCUACAGAAAGAUGCUUUCGUCGCUUCCCAGAGAAGGCUGAGAUACUUUUCUUCUACCCCGGCUCAACCUACAUCGAGUGGCAUCGUCCACCAGGAUGCCACAGCUAGAGGCACCGAGCUACCGCCCUCCCUUGGCGUGUCUAACCAUAACCCCAAAAAUGAAGACGUCCACGUAUCAUCUGCGCAUCUGAAGGACGCAGCUCCACGGCCACCUCCUGUGAGGAAGAUCUUUCGUGUUAACCGGAGUGGUUCAGCGCCAAAGACUACUGCCACGGCGGGUGGCUGCUCUACAAAUGCGAAUGAAAAGUCUGACGGCACUGCUCGCAGUGAGGUUCCUCUCAAGCAAGAGAAGAACGCAGCCGAACGACCAUCAAAAGAAACUGGCGGCAUGUUGAAAGUACCUGAGUACGGCUUCAAAUACGAAGGACCCGAGCCAACGACACAUGGUGACUGGUCGCACAACGGAAGGGUCACAGAUUUCUAA